AUGUUUCUCAUUUUAGAAAAUAUACCAGACUUCUUACAAAUACCGAGCAACGAUCUUAAACUUCAUGAACAGAUUGGUAAUGGUGCAUUCGGAACAGUCCAUCGAGCUACAUGGUUGAUUGCACAGCAUGUAGUUGCUGUUAAAAGUUUAUAUCUUACUCGUAUGAAUGAUGUAGCCACAAAAGAAUUUUUCAAAGAACUUUCCUUCAUGGAUCGCCUUCGUUCACCUCAUAUUGUUAAUUUCUAUGGUGCAUGCGUAGAAACAGAGAAGUGUGCAUUGAUUAUGGAAUACAUGUCAUUGGGGUCGUUGUAUAAAAUGUUACAUGAAGAUAAAUUAGUUUUAAUAUGGCCGCAUAGACUGUCUAUUGCCUUGCAAGCAGCAAAAGGAAUCAAUUAUUUGCAUCAAUUGCAACCACCCAUCUUACAUCGUGACGUGAAGUCGGGAAACUUCUUGUUAGAAAGAGCAUAUGAAGGAUAUACUGUUAAAGUAUGCGACUUUGGAUUAGCUCGUACGCGAAGUGAAACUACACGCCAGACGCAAUACAAUCCUACGCUGGUUUGUACAUUGCAAUGGACAGCUCCUGAAAUAUUGCGUAUGGGACGUCAUACAGAUAAAAGUGAUAUCUAUAGCUUAGGAAUAAUUUUUUGGGAACUUGCUACAUACGAAAUACCUUAUGAUGAUCACCAAAAUUCCAUUAUUUAUGAGUUCGUGAUUCGUGGCGAUCGUUUGGAAAUACCAAGUAGCACACCAUCAAAUUUUCGAGCGCUCAUCGAACAGUGUUGGGCACAACAGCCGAAUGAUCGACCUAACAGUUUUUAUCUGACCGAAAUGAUCGAUAAAUGUAUCCAAAUACAAAGUAAGGUGCGCAUAAUCCAAAACUUCAGCAGAUUUUAUUUUUCGUUAA